AUGUCGCAGCAUGCUUUGGAGAACAAGGGCCACGCGACCGAAGACCCGACGGCACCCUUUGGUACGGAUAGUGUCAUGUAUUACGUCCAGAGGAUGUAA